AUGGCUCGGGAACGGUCAAAAUCAAUAGCUUCAGACUCCGGUCUGUCCAAGGAGCUCGCCGAGGAGAUCCCGCAACGCGCUUCAUCACUCUCGUCCGACUCUUCUGAGUCAUCGGUUGGUUCGACGGGCCGUCGCGAGUCUCUGCAGAUCACCCAGAUUGGCGGCGACUUGGGCUUGAGAGCUACCAUUUCGAGGGCCAGCAACAAGAGCGAAGGCGCCCUGAGUCGCAUGAGAACAGGCGUCUCCACUGCAACCAAUGCGACGUCUGACCCGGCUUUCGAGGUCGAUUGGGAUCCGGAUGGAGAUGCAGAAAAUCCUAGAGAGUGGCCCAUGUGGUAUCGAGCCUCCAUAAUUGCCAUGGUGUCUUUUUCUACUACCUCUGUCGUAAUGUAUUCCACUUCGUACUCCGCCGGCAUUCCAGGUAUGAUGGAGACCUUCGGCAUCACUAAUAAGACACUCCUCGUCCUCGGAAUUACUACGUACCUUCUGGGCCUCGCUCUUGGAUCCGUUGUCCUCGCACCGCUUUCCGAAAUGUAUGGCAGGCGACCAAUUUACCUUAUCAGCCUGGCCCUGUUUACUAUUCUCGUCAUUCCGUGCGCUUUGGCCCAGAACCUCGAGGCCAUCUUAAUCACCAGGUUCUUCGGUGCUAUAGCGGGGUCAGCAUUGAUCAGUAAUGCACCAGGCACAGUUGGUGACAUUGUCACGGAUGAAUACCGCGCCUUGGCUUUUAGUAUCUGGAGUAUUGGGCCGAUGAACGGACCUGUGAUAGGUCCCGUAACGGGCGGUUUCGUCUUUCAGUACCUCGGUUGGCGCUGGACCAACUGGGUCGUAAUGUGUUGCUCCGGCGCCAGCUUCGUUCUCAUGUUCUUCGUCAAAGAGACGUACGCCCCCACAAUCCUCCGUAAACGUGCUGCAAAGAUGAGGAAGGAGAUGAACAACCAACGGUGGUGGUGCCGAUACGAUGACAAGGCUGAGUUCUGGCCGUUGCUGAAGACGAACCUGUCACGGCCGCUCAUGAUGGCUGUGACCGAGCCCAUAUGCAUCUUCUGGAACCUCUACAUCGCCAUCGUCUACGCCAUCCUCUACCUCUGCUUCGUCGCCUACCCCAUCAUCUUCACCGACCUGCGCGGCUGGGCCCCCGGCCCCACCGGCCUCGCCUACGUCGGCAUCGGCAUCGGCGGGCUUUUGACCAUCUUCAGCGAGCCGCUCCUCCGACGCUACAUCAUCAACGCGCACCCGCCGGACCCAGCAACAGGCAAGCCAGCCCCCGAAGCAACCGUCGCGGUCGUGUGCCUGGCGUCCUUACUCGUCCCCGCGGGCGAGCUGUGGUUCGCGUGGACGUGCCGCCCGCCGACGCACUUCGUCGCCGCCAUCGCCGCGGGCAUCCCCUUCGGCGCCGGCAACUGCGCCGUCUUCAUCUACGCCACAAACUACCUCGCCGGCGCCUACGGCGUCUUCGCAGCCUCGGCCAUCGCGGGAAACAGCGUCCUGCGCUCCGUCAUCGGCGGCUGCCUCCCGCUCGCUGGCCCGGCCAUGUAUGCGAAGCUCGGCCCCCAGUGGGCCGGCACCCUGCUCGGCUGCCUCGAGCUGCUCAUCGUGCCUAUCCCGUUCGUGUUUUAUCGGUACGGCGGCAGGAUUAGGGAGAAGAGCCGGUUGAUCGGUGAGAUGGAGAGGGAUCGGGCGCGGUUGGAGGGGAAGAAGAGGAACGCUGAGGAAAGGGCGAGGAGGCGCGAUGCGGAAAAUGAAAAGGGCAGGGAGACCGAGGAUGAAGAGAGGGAUUUGGAGAAGGGGGAGGGGUUUGGGGUUAAAGAGGCGGAGGUUUGA